AUGCCACGAAAAUCUGUAGGUCGUCCCACGACGGGCACUCCAAAGACCGAACCGGCAUCAGCGCCAUCGGGAUCGCUACCAAAGAGAAAUCACAAACGCCAUCUCUCCGCAGGAGGCAACGUAGCAUCAGCGACCGGAGAUGCCACCGACCAUCCGACAUCUGUUACACCGGGCACCAGGGCGUCGAAGCGGUUGAAAGACUCUGCAACAAGCACGCCAGUCACAGGCAAGAAAAGCAAGUACUUCGAUGGACCUGGGUCGGAAGACGAGGACGAAGACCUAGUCGAAGCCUCUUCUGCAUCUCCCAGUGGUGACGACUCGGCCUCCGGUUAUGGUGACGACUCAGGCAGCGCCAGCGAGGAGAAUGAGAGCGGGCAAGAGAGCGAAGACGAUUACGACUCGGAAGAAGACACGAAGAGAAGGUCAAAAGGUAGCAAGUCACGAGCAGGAACUGGCAAGGCAUUCUUCGGCAAGCAGAACUCACAAAUGUGGCGUGAGGGUGUCAAGACUGGCCUCGGACCUGGCAAACAAGUCUUCAUAGAAAAGCCAAAACCUCGGGGAGAUGGUGGCAUCAAGUAUGUCGCUGAUCGCAUUCAUCCAAACACGAUGCUGUUCCUAGAGGAUCUCAAGGCCAACAAUGACAGAGAGUGGUUGAAGAUGCAUGAUCCAGACUUUCGACAAUCUUGGAAGGAUUGGGAGAGCUUGGUUGAUGUUCUUUCAGAGAAAAUCUCAGAGAUUGACGAAACAGUGCCCGAGCUACCACCGAAGGAUCUGGUAUUUCGCAUCUAUAGAGAUGUCAGAUUCAGCAAAGACCCAACUCCGUACAAGCCACAUUUCUCAGCAGCAUGGUCUCGCACUGGCCGAAAAGGGCCCUAUGCGUGCUAUUAUGUGCAAAUAUCGCCUCAUGGAAAGAGUUUCGUCGGUGCUGGCUUGUGGAUGCCAGAGGCUGCGCCCCUGGCUCUCCUACGCCGAGAUAUCGUACGAAAGCCCGAGAAGCUACGCAAAGUCUUGACCGAUCCUGCCAUGCGUAAGCAUAUUCUCGGAGGCAUCGCCAACGAUCCAAAGAAAGCGGUGAAAGCUUUUGCAAAUCAGAACCAGGAUAAUGCCCUGAAGACGGCGCCCAAGGGUUACUCGGUCGAAGACGCCUCGAUAGAGCUACUGCGGCUGCGAAACUACACAGCUGGUCACAGGCUUCCCGAGCAGACUGUGCUUUCACCAAGCUUGGUCAAGGAAAUAGCCGUCCUUAUUGGUAGCUUAUACCCUUUGGUCACAUACUUAAAUUCCGUCGUCAUGCCCGAGGACGAUGCCUCAAGCAGUGAUGCUAGCGAUCCAAGCGAGGAUGAAAUGUAG